AUGGAAAGCCAACUCCUCUUCAUCAACAAAACCUCAUCCUCAACCCUCUCAAGCAAGCAAGAUGAAAAGGCCAAAAUCCUAAGCCACGUCCAGUCUAAACGUCGCAAAGCUGAGGCAAAAUCCAAGUCCGCCGAGCCCUGGACAUCAUUCGCCUCCAUAAUACCAACAACUCGUACCAAACCCCCAAAGCAACAGAGCAACUCCAAAGCAAACACUGUCACACAUCACUUCCGUCUCCCAUCCUCAUAUCCCUCUUUCAACGCCUCGGACCCCUUCCACUGUACAUCUGUCCAUACCACUCCCAACACCCACAUCCUCCUACAACACACCUUCAGUCUCGCCUCCCGCUCCAACUUCCUCGCCGAAGCAUUCGCCCCCUCGGCCAUCUGCUCCAAAGGCCGGCCCAUCCGCCACGAGGCCAUCUUCCACGCUCGUUUACGGCAAUGCAUCCACGACCAAACGCACAUGUAUGCCACAUUGGCGUACGGCUCCAGUCUCCUCGGCUGGAUGAUGGGGCGCUUUCAAACCCACCCCCCAGAGUAUUUCCUUUCCAUGGCUCUGCCGUCUGUGCGGAAGAGCUUAUCUGCGGAUUGUCAGGUUGACAACUGGCUCUUGUUAUCGAUGUAUGCGCUUGCCGUGACGGAAAUGUGGAAUGGCAUCCCGUCCAUGUGGAUAGGGAACGAGCGCUACGGAACAGUCAUGCGGAUGAGCCAGUAUGGUUUCGCGGCAUGUAGGGUUCAUCUACGGGCGUUGCUGGCCCUGGUUUUGGAUAAUGGCGGUUGGGGAGCGUUUGAUCCGUAUGUUUUGGAUAGUGUGUUGUUGGCGGAUAAGUAUCUCGCCGUGAGCGACAUGUCACUCCCUGUUAUACCGGUGACUUUUGAUCCGGGCCCUUUGUCUGCACUGGAGAGGCAGAGAUUGGGAAGUACGGAGGAUGUGUCGGAGGAACUUGGUCAGGGUAUUUUGGAGGAGACUGCGAGUCUCGUUCUGAAGGGGGCUGUGGCAGACUUGGUAGAUUAUUGUCAGACGGCACAGCAACGUUGGCGUUUGCCUGGGAUGGAUGACAGUACGGAGGCAUGGCUCUUUCGACGACUGCAGGCACUUUUAUACCGUUUUCUGCAUAUGUAUCACGAUGCUGAGCUGGGGUUGGGUGAUAAGCGCGUGUGCGUUGCGACAUUGACGUUUAUUUUUGGCUCGAUUACAGGGAAGGGGCCCCAGGUUAGUGCUCAGCAAGUGGCGAGGACUUUGUAUGCUCAUCUGUUGGUUGGGGACUGGCCGAACAAUGGCCUGCAUCUGUGGUAUUUGGUACUGGGGGCCAUGGCGUUGGGUGAGUCGGUGGAAAGAUCGUGGUUUAUGAAUAGACUGAGAGUAUUGCGUGUCUGGGACCUGUCCAGGGAGGAAAUUGCAAUGAAGCUGAAGAAGUUUCUGUUUCUCGAGGUCAAACAAGGCGCACAACUGACAGCGUUGGUGGCAGAGCUUGGACCAGAUAGAUGA